GUGGGGGUGUCUCAUUGGCCGGUGCGCUCGCGCCGCCCCCCCCUCAUUGGCCGGGGCGCUCGCGCCGCUUCCGCCGCGCCCCCCCAUUGGCCGCAGCGCUCGCGCCGCCGACCUCCCACCAUGCGCCGCCGCCGCCGCUGCUCCGCUCUCACCCCGGAAUUCCCGACUUUCCUCCCGGAAUUCCCGAACUUUCCGCCGUUCCUGCCUUGAUUUCCCGAGGCCGCCGCCAUGAGCUCCCAGCGCUCGGAAAUCCCCGCCCUGCCCAAAAUGGGCGUCCGCGCCCGCGUGGCCGAGUGGCCCCCGCGAUCCAAAGAUUCUCCGGAAAUUCCCAAAAACCCUCGGAAUCUUCCCCCCUCCCAACCCUCCUUCAAACCCUUCCACCGCCGCUUCCUCCCCAGCUCCAAAGAGUUGGAAUUCCAAGACGGAAUUUUGGGAAUCCCCUUGCGCCAGCGCAGCAGCAGCGAAGCGACGCUGAGCGAGUGCGACGCCGAGGAGACGCCGGAGAGCCGCGGCAAUUCCGGCCUUUCCGCCGGAUUUUUCCGGGAAUACGGCAGCACCUCUUCCAUCGACGUCCAAGGAAUCCCCGAGCAAAGCUUCUUCCAGAUGCUCGACGAAUUCCGGGCGAAAAAACCCGAAUUUUCCGCCGGCAAAUCGGAAAGCCGCGACGACGAGAACCACGAGGAAAUCCGGGAUGAGAUCCGGGAACAGCAGCCCAAGGAAAAACCCCGGCGCCGCUGCCUGAAAACCGACGACUCCAUCUUCAAAAAACUCCGCAGCUCCCGGCACGACGCCGACGCCGCCGAAGAUUCCCGAAUUCCGGAGGCGCCAAAAGCGUGGAUUUGCCGGAAAAGCUUCGCCCACUUCGACGUCCAGAGCAUUUUGUUCGAGGCCGUCUCGGCGCGCUCGGCGUCGACGCGGCGCCGCAACACCACCACCGGCGCCUCGGCCGCCUCGGCCGGCGCCGAUCCGGCGUUUCCCGGCGCCGAGGAUCAGAAUUCCAAGGAAAACCUGGAGAGGGAUUUGGGGGACAACACCAGCAACGAGCUGCUGUUGAGCUGCCCCCAUUUUCGCAACGAGAUCGGCGGCGGCGGCGGCGGCGAGCGCGACGUCAGUUUUGCCAAGUCGGCGUUUUCGGCGGCGCCGAAUUCCGGGUUUUUUACGGAAUGCGGGAACGGAGGCAAGGUGAGCAACGCCGGCGUUUCCAUCCUGGAAUUCCCCAAGGAGCAGCGCAGGAACCCCGAGAGGGUCGGCGGUUACGGCGUGGAGCACGCCGACCUCGGCGCCACCUACUACCGGGACUACUUCCUCGGAAAAGGUUUGGGAUUUUGGGAUUUUUUGGGAAUUUAUUGGGAAUUUCUGGCGACGCUGCGCGGCUCCAUCCUGGAGGACGCCACCCCCAGCACGGCCAAGGCCGGAUCCGGGCGCGGGAUCCCGGCGCGGGAUCUGCUGGAAUUCCUCCUGCCCGAGCUCAACAUCCACUGCCUGCGCCUGGCCCUGGCCUCGCCCAAGGUCCCCGAGCAGCUCCUCAAGCUGGACGAGCAGGGG